CGCAGCUGCUCCACGAUGUCAUCCAGCACAAAACACCAGAAGGUGAUGGUUCCACCCAUCAACUUGAUUUUCAAGUUUUUCCAGCAACAGUCCUUGGUCCAGAUCUGGUUGUAUGAACAGAUAGCCUACAGAAUACAGGGCAAAAUCAGAGGCUUUGACGAGUUCAUGAACCUAACCAUCGACGAUGCUUACGAAAUCAACCAACAAGACUUUUCAAAGAAAAAGUUGGGCAGAAUCUUGCUAAAGGGUGACAAUAUCACUCUAAUAUCGAGUUUAGAUGUUUAAUCAAUUCGACACUCCAGCCCACUAAUCAAGUGAUAAUCCAACUCAACAAUCAAUUGACACCACAUUUUAGUAUUACAAUUUAAAAACACAGAUUUCUC